GUACAGUCAGUGUACACACACUCUCUCUACCUUAGAGCUACUAAGUGUACACUCUCUUUAAUCCUAGGAAAGAAAAAUGACCCCCCGCUGCUUCAUCGUCCGCCAUGGCGAAACCGAAUGGUCGCUCAACGGCCGACACACAAGCACGACCGAUCUCCCCCUCACGGCGAACGGGGAGAAACGCGUCAAGGCCACGGGCAAGGCACUUGUCGGCGACGACCGAUUGAUCUGUCCGAAGAAGCUGGUUCAUGUGUUUGUGUCGCCUCGCACUCGAGCCCAACGAACGCUGGAACUCCUCGAGAUUGGAUGUCGUGAACGAUUGCCAUGGGUAGACCAGGCUGUACAGACGCCUAUCCGCACCGAGGCGCGCGUGCAGAUCACCGAGGCAAUCCGUGAGUGGGAUUACGGUGACUACGAGGGGUUGACCAGCAAGCAAAUCAGGGAACAGAGACGACAGAAUGGCGAAGGGGGUUGGGAUAUCUGGGAGGACGGAUGUCCGGGGGGGGAAUCCCCCCAACAAGUCAUCGACCGUCUCGAUGCCCUGAUCGCCGAGAUCCGCGAGAAAUACCACCGGCCCUGUUUCCAAGAACAGGGCGACGACUCUUCCUCCGGCGACGUCCUCGUCGUCGCCCACGGGCACAUCCUGCGUGCCUUUGCCAUGCGCUGGAUGGGUAAACCGCUCACGGGCACCGCGUUGAUAUUGGAAGCCGGAGGUGUGGGGACGUUGAGCCUUGCUAAUCUGUUCAGUUAUGAGCACCAUAGCAUUGACGAACCGGCUAUUCUCCUCGGCGGCGCAUUUGUAGUCGAAUAACCUUUUUGCCUAUCAUUCACUCUCCUCCUUAACACCCCCCUCCUUCUCCUUAGCACCCUCCUCCUUCACCCCCUCCUCCCCCAACACCUUGGCCGCCCCCAUGAACAAACCCCCAACAUACCCGCCCAAAAACCGCAUGUCCCCCGCCUGCACCGCCGUCAUCCGCAACAGGUUCUCCGUAUCAGCCAGGUGCGCGUUCAGCUGCGCCAGUUGUGCGUGCAGGUGCGUGUACUGUCGGGCCUUGGCCGCCGACAUGCUCGAUCCCGAGGAGGCUGCUAGAGAAGAAGAUUGCGCCGCUGGCCCGCUUGCCAGCAUCGAGGGGCGCGCAAAUGCGCUGGAAUGUGACGGUCGGUGCUGAUGGCUGGGCGGCAUCCUUGGUGUGUUGUUUGUGUUUGUUGGACAGAAGUAAAAGACUCAAAGAACCCAAGAGAUAACUGAUAAGUCUAAUAAACAUGGGCAACACGUGACAUCCGCGGAGUGUUCCAACGUUGGCGUU